UGGGCCAGCCCUCCAAAUAAUUGGAUUCAGGUGUUCCAAUCCCCUCCAUGGCCACAGGUGUAUACAAUCAAGCACCUAGGCAUGCAGACUGCUUCUACAAACAUUUGUGAAAGAAUGGGUCGCUCUCAGGAGCUCAGUGACUCCAAGCGUGGUACUGUGAUAGGUUGUCACCUGUGCAAUAAGUCCAUCCAUGACAUUUCCUGGCUACUAAAUAUUCCACAGUCAACUGCUAGUGGUAUUAUAACAACGUGGAAGCAACUGGGAACAACAGCAAACUCAGCCACCAAGUGGCAGGCCAUGUAAAAUGACAGAGAGGGGUCAGCACAUGCUGAAGUAGGACCUUGACAAGAAGUCACCAAUUGUCUCCAGAGUCAAUAGCUAAAGACCUCCAAACUUCAUGUGGCGUUCAGAUUAGCACAACAACAGUGCAUAGAGAGCUUCAUGGAAUGGGUUUCCAUGGCAGCUGCAUCCAAGCCU